UCAAACACAGCCUAGCAAACUAUAGACUAGGCAAUGAAUCUCGAGUAAUAAUUAAACGGAUCAGGUGAUUUACCUAUAAAUUACGCUUUAAUUCGUGGUACGUGCGAGUGCUUAAAGUGGCGCGGUAAAGCGUGUUUAAUAAACGUAUCACUUUCACGAGCUUGUGCUGCGAUGGCGUCUUGGAAAAUACGUGGACGGUUAUUAAUUAUAGUUUAUUUUUUCACGUGCAUUACUUUAGUAUACUGUAAAAGUUUGUUGCCGUUUUCUGAAACGGAAAAGACGAACUAUGAAGGUGGCGACGAUGUUUCGGCACAAUUUGUGUCAGGUCAAGAGGGAUAUUUUGUGCCCUUUUCUAAUACUGACUUUCUCAGUGACGAUGCUGCAAUUUCAGGUCUGCAGAAGAAAACAUUCAUUAAAGGGCAGCUACUCGGUUCCUCUGAAGCAGCCUGGGAUGCCAUGUCUCCAAAAUUGAGGUGUGGUGACGAUCUCAUAAAUUUACAACUCAGUGGUCCAGAGGUAGAAAAUGUUGAGCUUUGUCGAGGUAAUGGGGUGGCUGUUCUUCUCACUCAUUUGCCACCUCACUGUGGACACGCCGCACCCACUUAUACAGGUCUCGUUUAUGCUACUCCCUAUGAUGGAUGUGGUGUUACGCAAAAGGGAGGGUAUUAUGUGAUGCAGAUACAGUGGCAGGGAAACUCUGCAGUCAUUUCUUGUCCUAUGACCUCUAACACUGCAAAUGAAACUUUCCUGGGACCUAAUCUUCCUGAAUAUUUGAAUAUUCUGCUGCUUCCCUCUCCUCCUGAUACACAAAAUCCAGAAACGCCUACAGUGACACAAGUGUCUGAUUUUACAACAUUAAAAAACCCACCUUCUCGUUAUCCCCAAGUGAGCCUACAAGGUUUUUGGCCUUUCCCCAAUUAUGUUUUUCCUGGAACAGUUUAUUCCAUAGAUGAGCAAAUGGAGAAACCUUUUACAACUGCCCUAGUUUCCCAAGGACCAGAUGGAAAGCCUCAACAACCCAAAUACCCCCAGAUGCCUUGGCUUUAUGACUUUGUUGGUUACCCUUAUGGUGACCUGAAACCUGCUCCAUCCUUUGGCUCUGACAGUAAAUCAGGUGGUCAAGCACUGGAUGGAAAGCCUCCACAACCCAAAUACCCCCAGAUGCCUUGGCUUUAUGACUUCGUUGGUUACCCUUAUGGUGACCUGAAACCUGCUCCAUCCUCUGGCUCUGACAGUAAAUCAGAUGGUCAAGCGCCAUAUGGAAAGCCUCAACAACCCAAAUACCCCCGGAUGCCUUGGCCUUAUGGUGACCUGAAACCUGCUACAUCCUCUGGCUCUGACAGUGAAUCAGAUGGCCAAGCACCAGAUGGAAAGCCUCAACAACCCAAAUACCCCCAGAUGCCUUGGCUUUAUGGUGACCUGAAACCUGCUCCAUCCUCUGGCUCUGACAGUGAAUCAGAUGGCCAAGCACCAGAUGGAAAGCCUCAACAACCCAAAUACCCCCAGAUGCCUUGGCUUUAUGAUUUUGUUGGUUACCCUUAUAGUGACCUAAAACCUGCUCCAUCCUCUGGCUCUGACAGUGAAUCAGAUGGCCAAGCACCAGAUGGAAAGCCUCAACAACCCGAAUACCCCCAGAUGCCUUGGCCUUAUGGUGAACUGAAACCUGCUCCAUCCUCUGGCUCUGACAGUGAAUCAGAUGGCCAAGCACCAGAUGGAAAGCCCUCAACAACCUGA